GAACCAGCCAGCCAGUAAUUGUUGCCUUUCUCCAUCAUACCACGACAUGCCGCGCGAAAUUAUCAAUGUUCAGGCCGGUCAGGCCGGAAAUCAAGUUGGAGAGAGUUUUUGGAGGAUGCUCCUAGCCGAGCAUGGAUUGGACGAGGAAGGAUUCUACCAAGGAAAUGACCCCUUGCAGCUCGCAAGGGUUGGAGUCUACUUCAACGAAGUUGAGCACUCGGGCUCGAGGACGAAAUACGUCCCACGAAGUGUUCAGAUUGAUCUUGAGGCGGGUGUAUGCGACCGUAUACGUGGUGGCAAAAUUGGCAGCCUGUUUCGUCCAGACACCUUUAUCACAGGAAAUAGCGGUGCAGGGAACAACUGGGCAAAGGGCUUCUAUACAGAGGGUGCCGAAUUAAUUGACCCUAUUCUUGAGAUUGUCCGCAGACAAACAGAAGCAUGCGACGCUCUUCAAGGAUUUCAGCUGCUACACUCAAUCGGUGGUGGUACGGGAGCUGGUCUUGGUUCCUUGCUGCUAUCAAAAUUCCGAGAAGAAUUCCCCGACAGGAUGUUGGCAACAUAUUCAGUUAUUCCGUCGCCGAAGGUCUCUGAGACUGUCGUCGAGCCAUACAAUGCAUUGCUUUCAAUUCAUCAGCUCGUUGAAAACAGUGACCUAACAAUGUUGAUCGAUAAUGAAGCUUUAUAUGAUAUCACCGUCCGGACACUGAAGUCCAAGAACCCCGCCUUUGAUGAUCUGAACGUUCUUGUGUCCCAAGUCAUGUGUGGUAUCAGUACCAGUCUGCGGUUCCCUGGCCAGCUGAAUGGCGAUUUGAGAAAACUAGGCCUGAACCUCGUUCCUUUCCCUCGGCUCCACUUCCUGAUGCCCAGUUAUGCACCUUUCUAUGACCCUAAUGCGAAGGCAUUCAUUCGAAUGUCUGUCAAUGAUUUGACCCAAGCAUUGUUCGAUCGACGCAAUCUACUCGUAGCUUGUGACCCAAGAUUUGGUCGCUAUUUGACUGCUGCCACUAUCUUCCGUGGCAAGAUAUCCUCGAACGAGGCGGAGCAAUCUGUUCUUGAUCUUCAACGCAAGAACUCUGCUCAAUUCGUCGAGUGGAUCCCCGAUAAUGUGUCCGUGACGCUGUGCACCGUCCCGCCAGUGGGUCAAACUCAGAGUGCAACCUGUUUGGCAAACUCCACCGCGGUCCAGGAGCUGUUCAAGCGUAACUUGACACAGUUCGCUGCCAUGUAUAAGCGACACGCGUUCCUUCAUUGGUACACCGGCGAAGGAAUGGAUACGAUGGAAUUCGCUGAAGCCGAAAGUAAUGCGAGAGAUCUGAUUGCCGAAUACCAGCAAUACCAAGAAGCAUCCGUUGACGACGAUGAAGUACUUGAAGAAGAAUAUGAAGAGGAGGCUGCCUAUGAAGAGGACGAGCAACAGUGACCGGCACGACGGAAUUCUAAUGCCCCGUUCAAUUGGAAAUACCCUUCCAGCUUCCAUCUAGCGUACCUGACACUACUCCCCGGGUCUCAAUCGUGAAGUUCGCGGCCUGGCAUAAUUUCUUGAUAUGCAUAUGUUCCCAACUAGCUUCCCAUUGCAAAAAUAUUCGUAAUGCGAACCUUUGUUGCACCAUUUCACUUCGGUACAUUCGCAUUCAUGUAAAGGCAGAUUGACUAAGAAUGACGAUAGGCAAAUGCCACGCCCCGUUGUACGGA